AUGACGUGCAGUCUGCUCGCUCGAGCAACGACAGCCUCAAGUAGAGCAUGCUUUCGCUCACAACUCCUUCAGAGCCAAGGCCAUGGGUUUGCGACAUUGAGAGGAAAACGCGCAGGCAUUUUAAUUCCUCAUGUUUGUUCACGGAAGUAUGAAUCUACUGCAACAGCGUCAGCAGCCGCUCCUCCUGUCGUUCUGCAAGAGAAUAUCGCAAAUGCUCCAGCACCCACAGGUAUCCCUGCGGGUAACCUUCCUCUCGAAGAACCAUCAUGGGAAUCGAUGAAGCAAAUGAUAUCCUAUAAGACACUCAGUGCUAUCACUGACAAUCCUUAUCGAUUCAAAACUAUGACCCCCGUCCAAGCUGCAGUUGCAAAGCUCCUCCCAGAGCUUGCUCUACCUCCUGAUUCAACAUCUAACGACGCUCCGACACGGUCACGAGAUCUUUUGGUCAAGGCAAAAACUGGUACCGGGAAGACUUUUGCGUUCCUAAUUCCAGCUAUCGAGGCUCGCGUUAAUGCCAUCCACGCUCGGGGUAAGCAAGCGGUUCGCGAUGCAGGCCUUGUUUCAGACAAGCAUCUAGAGGCACAAGCUCGGAGACAAUUCACCAGGGAGCAUGUCGGCACCCUUAUCAUCAGCCCUACCCGCGAGCUCGCUACACAGAUUGCCAACACUGCUAUCAAGCUGACCGCGCAUCACAAGGACUUUGAGGUUAGACUAUUUUUUGGCGGAGCGAGUAAGCGAAUCCAGAUGCGCGACUUCAUGAAAGGGCGGAGGGAUAUUGUCGUAGCUACCCCCGGGCGACUUCGUGAUUUGCUGCAGUCGGAGCCUGAGGUAGCGAAUGGUAUUAGCAAAUGUAAAAUGGUGAUAUUCGAUGAGGCAGACAUGCUUCUCGAUAUGGGCUUCCGGGAUGACAUCGAUGCAAUUAUGAGUUAUUUGCCACCUACACCUGAGAGGCAGACAUUCCUCUUUUCAGCAACACUCUCUCGGAACGUUCGCCAGGUCGCACAGACAGUUCUUGCCCAGGACCAUAAAUUCAUUGACGUAGCGCAUGAAAGUGAAUCCCCAGUUCACGCACACGUCCCCCAAUACCACACCGUCCUCCCCAGCCCAUCUCAACAGAUCCCCCACCUUCUUCGUCUCCUUGCACAUGACCAGCUUUCAAACCCGGGCAAGAGUAAAGUUAUAUUAUUCCUCCCCACUACACGCAUGACACAGCUUUUCGCGACACUCACUCGCGAGCUUUCAAAAGUAGUACUGCCUGCUGGCCAGUACACCAAGGUGUACGAGAUUCAUUCUAAGCGCGCACAGGACUCACGCAUAGCCGCCUCUGAUGCUUUCCGCGCUGACAAGUCUGGAGCGUCAAUUCUCGUCACGUCCGACGUGUCUGCACGAGGUGUGGACUAUCCAGGGGUAACGCGAGUCAUUCAGCUGGGUAUCCCCGCUGCCACGGAACAGUACAUUCAUCGUGUCGGACGUACUGGUCGCCAGGGUUCCACAGUUGGACGUGGGGAUUUAGUUCUCCUGCCUUGGGAGAUUGGCUUUUUAAGCUGGCAGCUCAACGAAGUUCCGCUAAAGCCAGUCACAUCAGAUGAGCUCGCGCGCCAGGUUCAGGAUCUCGCAGCUCACUAUGACGCUGACCCUCAAGAGGCAUUCAAGAGUGUAACAAUUAGGACACAUGAUCUCAAGGGUCGACCAAUGCGGAACACACCCAGGGCGUACGACGCGCCGCUUUCAUCACGCCUUUCCUCGGAAGAAAUGCACAACAGCAUCGCGGCGAUACUAGAACAUAUCGACGAAGAAGCUGUCAAGGAGACUUUUGCUUCUCUCCUUGGCUAUUAUAUCCCUAAGUCGCCUGAGUUGCGAGUUCAGAAGGGCAACAUAUUGACUGGAUGUAAAAAUUGGGCAACGGAAGCAUGUGGUUUACCUGCACCUCCGCAUGUCAGCGACGGCUUCCUGCAGAAGAUGGGCCUCAACGACGGACGCACGAAGCACUUUGGCAAAUCGUACCGGGAUCCUAGGCCUUCAGCCAGACCUGUAAAUUCAUGGGAAGGAAGGGGCAAGCAGAACCGGUCCUUCGAGAACCCCAGAGGAAACUUCCGUCGGGAUGAGCGGUUGGAUGAAAAUGACCCUUCUGGCGACGUUGACGAGUAUCGUGGUGCACGUUAUGGAAGGGAGAAACCCAAACCACGUAGAGAGUGGAGUGACACUUCUGGCAGUACUGAAGAGUACCGCGGUUCACGCUAUGGGAGGGAGACCAGACCACAGAGAGAGAGAAGUGACCCUUCUGGCAGUACUGACGAGUACCGCGGUUCACGCUAUGGCAGGGAGACCAGACCACAGAGAGAGUGGUCGAAUAAUGCUCCACGCCGCGAGAACAGCUCACGCGGGUUUGCCAAUCGGUAA